UUUUUAUUUUUACAAUUUUACAAAGUUUGAAGAAGAAAAAAUUAUCGACCGCAAAAAAAUAUGUAUCAUAUACAUAUCUAUACAUAUAUACAUACGUAUGAAAGUGAAUAUAUAAGUACAUAAUACAUGCAAUUCUCUCAAAAGUGACUUAUGCAAAAAAAAAAAAAAAAAUCGUAUAAAAAGUGGAAAAGUGGUUAAAAGUCCAUAUGAUAAAUAUAAAAUUAACAAUAAAAACAAAUGAUUCAUUUAUAAAUAUUUUUGUCGAGCGAAGCACACUGGGUAUAGCUAGUAAAUAAUAAUUAAGUAAAUAGUGUGUGAGUUGCUGCGCAUUCUUAUUGCAAACAAAAAAAAAAUUAAAAUUGAAACGAGUAAAUUGGAAAAACGCCUAACACAAAAUUUUUAAAUUACCAAAAUGUCUUAUGAAGAUUUAAGAAGCAAUGUUAAUAUGGAAAACAACUACAAUAACUCAAACGGAAGCGGAAACGAAAAUUUAAAUCAUGAACGACGACAACUGCAUUUGUGGUGGGGUCAACGUUUGUGGCAAGAAUUACGUGGACGCAUACAUAUGCGUACACCACCGCUUACUACACCCUGCGAUGAUGUUAGGACACCAUCGUCCGCCAACUUAGAUGAUGGUGAAAAACGUGUAAUUUUUGUUAAUCGGCCGCAAAUGCAGAAAUUCUGCAAUAAUCAUAUUUCGACGGCAAAAUAUAGUUUUAUAAGUUUUCUACCAUCGUUCCUAUUCGAGCAAUUUCGGCGUUAUUCAAAUUGUUUUUUCUUACUUAUUGCUCUGCUGCAGCAGAUACCCGAUGUAUCGCCCACGGGUCGUUAUACCACUUUGGUGCCAUUGAUUUUCAUUUUAUCGGUGAGUGGCAUUAAGGAAAUCGUAGAAGAUUAUAAAAGACAUCGGGCGGAUAAUGAAAUUAAUCAUAGAACGGUGGAGAAACUAAAAGAUGGUGCCUGGACAACAGUACGCUGGGAAGAGUUGUCUGUGGGCGAUAUAGUAAAAAUUCCAAAUAAUACAUUUUUCCCAGCCGAUUUGAUAUUAAUGUCAUCUAGUGAGCCUCAAGCCAUGUGCUUUAUAGAGACCUCAAAUUUGGACGGUGAAACAAAUUUGAAAAUUAGACAAGGUGUGCCGGCAACAGCCAAAUUAUUGGAAACUAAAGAUUUGAUAGAACUAAAGGGGGUGGUGGAAUGUGAGCUGCCCAAUAGAUUGUUGUAUGAAUUCAAUGGUGUUUUAAAGGAGCAUGAUAAACCGGCGGUUUCUUUGGGACCCGAUCAGAUUUUACAAAGAGGCGCUGUUUUGCGUAACACCUCAUGGAUAUUUGGUAUUGUUGUUUAUACGGGACACGAUACAAAACUUAUGAAAAAUUCUACCUCUGCUCCCCUAAAGCGUUCCACUGUAGAUCGCCUGACCAAUACGCAGAUAUUAAUGUUAUUUAUGAUAUUAUUGGUGCUUUGCCUAACUAGUGCCAUCUUCAAUUUCAUCUGGACCCGCAACUAUUUUGUUUCCGAUUGGUAUUUGGGUUUGGAUGAUUUUAAAAGUAAAAACUUUGGCUAUAAUCUCUUAACAUUUUUUAUAUUAUUCAACAACUUGAUACCCAUCUCCCUGCAAGUUACCCUAGAACUGGUGAGAUUUCUACAGGCUCAGUUUAUCAACUGUGACAUACAAAUGUAUCAUGUGGAAUCGAAUACUCCUGCUAUGGCUCGUACCUCUAAUCUGAAUGAAGAAUUGGGCAUGGUCAAGUAUAUAUUUUCAGAUAAAACCGGUACCUUGACACGCAAUGAAAUGGUUUUUAAAAAAUGUUCCAUAGCCCGACAAAUGUAUCAGACCGAAAAUACUCCCGAACAAAGUUUAGUGGUUCAGCAUUUGUUAAGUAAACAUCAAAGUGCGAAUAUUAUUAAAGAGUUUCUAGUCUUACUGUCAGUAUGUCAUACCGUUAUACCAGAGAAAAAUCCUGAUGGUUCGAUUACCUAUCAUGCUGCCAGUCCUGAUGAACGGGCUUUGGUAGAUGGUGCUAAACAAUAUGGUUUUGUUUUUGACACCCGCACUCCUCAUUAUGUCGAGAUUAAUGCUUUGGGCACUCGAGAACGUUAUGAAAUACUCAAUGUUUUAGAAUUCACCUCGACCCGUAAACGCAUGUCGGUAAUUGUUCGCACUCCCGAAGGAAACAUAAAGUUGUAUUGCAAAGGGGCCGAUAGUGUUAUCUAUGAGCGUUUGGCCCAAGAAGGUCAAUCGUUUAGAGAUGUUACUCUCAGCCAUCUUGAAGAAUUUGCAGCAGAAGGUCUACGUACUUUAUGUUGUGCCGUAUCGAAUAUUCCCGAUGAUGUCUACAACGAUUGGCAGGCUACUUACCAUAAGGCUUCGACGGCUGUAAAUGAACGUGAAAGAAAAGUAGAUGAAGCGGCCAAUUUGAUAGAAAACGAUCUUCACCUUUUAGGAGCCACCGCUAUAGAGGAUAAACUUCAAGAGGGUGUGCCUGAAACAAUAGCUUCUCUGCUAGAUGCAGGCAUCUAUAUAUGGGUAUUAACGGGUGACAAACAAGAAACCGCCAUUAAUAUUGGUCACUCCUGCAAACUGAUAUCACCCACUAUGGACAUUAUAAUACUGAAUGAAGAAAGCUUAGAUACCACACGAGAAGUUAUACAUCGACAUUCGAGUGAAUUGCAAACCUCCAUUAAUAAAAACUGUAAUGUAGCCCUAAUCAUAGACGGCAAGACACUUAAAUAUGCUUUGAGCUGUGACUUACGACGUGAAUUUCAAGAACUUUGCACAGGCUGUCGAGUGGUCAUUUGCUGUCGCGUCUCUCCCAUACAAAAAGCCGAAGUUGUGGAACUAGUCACUUCUAGUACUAAAGCUGUUACUCUGGCCAUUGGUGAUGGUGCCAACGAUGUGGCCAUGAUACAAAAAGCCAAUGUGGGCGUAGGUAUUUCAGGAGUCGAAGGCUUACAAGCUGCCUGUGCAUCAGAUUAUUCCAUAGGACAAUUUCGUUUCUUGAAACGUUUACUUCUUGUCCAUGGCGCUUGGAAUUAUAGACGUAUUACCAAACUUAUUUUAUAUUCAUUUUAUAAAAAUGUCUGUCUUUAUGUUAUAGAAUUGUGGUUUGCAAUUUAUUCCGGCUGGUCAGGACAAAUAUUAUUCGAACGUUGGACUAUUGGCUUAUACAAUGUGGUAUUUACCGCCUUACCUCCUUUCGCCAUUGGUAUCUUUGAAAAGGUAUGUUCAGCUGAAACUAUGUUAAAAUAUCCCUUCCUCUAUAAGCCCUCACAAAGUGCAAAACUUUUCAAUGUACAAGUAUUCUGGGUGUGGAUCAUCAAUGCUUUGUUGCAUUCAAUCAUUCUAUUCUGGCUGCCACUGGGUGCCCUACAAUCGGAAAUUAUCUGGUCUAGCGGCAAAAUAUCCGAUUAUCUUUUAUUAGGCAAUUUUGUUUACACCUAUGUGGUGGUUACCGUCUGUUUGAAAGCUGGUCUUUCUACCAAUUCUUGGACUUGGCUAACUCACUGCUCCAUAUGGGGUUCCAUAGGUCUAUGGUUUAUUUUUAUUGUAAUAUAUUCCAACUUCUGGCCGGUGCUACCGGUGGCAGCCAACUUUUUGGGCAUGGAAAGAAUGAUAUUCACCACGCCCGUCUUUUGGUUUGGCUUAUUAUUAGUACCUAUCACUACACUACUAGUCGAUGUUAUCUUUAAACUUGUACAAAACACCGUAUUCAAAUCUCUUACCGAGGCCGUACGGGAAUCCGAAAUACGUAAACAUGAUCCCGAUGAUGUUAUGAAUGAAACACGAUCAUCGUUUACCGAAACAGCUCGCCUUUUGCGUAGUGUUUUUAUAAGACGUGCCAAUACCCGGGUUGAUACCGAUGUUGAAUUAUCACACGGUUAUGCUUUCUCACAAGAGGAAGGCGGCGCUGUAUCACAAUCUGAUAUUAUACGAUCUUAUGAUACGAAUAAACAAAAACCGCGUGGUAACUAGAAUAGUAAACAGUAUUGGGCAAGACAAAGAUUUUAAUAUAAAUUACAAAAAUUAUAUACAUACAUUAAUUAUCUACUUACUACGUGCAUAUACAUACUAAUACUUACUUGAAUAUCAUACAUAAUACAUAUAAAAUAAAUUCGAUAGAUUUUUUAUUAACUUUUCAAGAAAACACCUUAGUCAAACAAUUUAUUAUUUAUUUAUAAAGAUAAUUAAGAUCAGCUGUUAAAGGGAGAGAGACAGAUAAUAAAUAUUUGGCCUUUUGAAAAAAAAUGUUUGCAGUCACAGUUUCAUUUUCUAGAUUUUAGUUAAACUCUUAACGAAAUAAUAUACCUAACUAUAGCGAAGACUAACACAUAUACUAGACUAUUAACUAGAUUAUAAACUAAAUUAUAGUCAAGAUUAGAUAAUAGACUUGACUAUAAACUAGACCAGGCUAAAUAUUAGUCUAGUCUUGCAUAAAGGAGAGUUUAUAGUCUAGUCUAUAAUCUUAUCUACAGUUUUAAUUGUACUUUUGACUUAACUAGAAAAUGGACUAUUAAAUAGUCUAUAAACUAUAGUCCGUACAAUACUAAAGUAAAUACUAAGCAAUAGCUUAGUCUAUAGUCUAGUAGUUUAAUCAAUAGUCUUAAGUAUUCUGUCUAAACUAUAGUAUACAGAUUAGUCUAUAGUUUGGUCUAUAGUUUAGUCAAUAGUCUUUAGACUUUAAACUAUACUCAUGACUAUUAACUAAAUUAUAGAUUAGAAAAAAGACUGCUUGCUAGUCAAAACUAAAGUAAAGACACUAUACAAUGAACUAAUAACUAUUGUCAGGCUGUAAUGAAAACUAUCGAUUACUAAAAUCUUUAAAACGUAUUGUUCUUAAUAAUUUUUGUUAUUUUUCAAUGUUCUUGCUUAAUAACUGCCAAAUAGUUUAUAUUAUCUUCCCGCCCCCCAUUUUUAGCUGAAAUCAGCUAUACAAGGGAUUUAGUAAAAUAUUAACUUAGUAAAAUAUUCAAACGAAAACAAACAUAUAUAGGGAGGAAAUUUUAUUUCCAAACAUUUUUAUAGUACAUCAUAUAUUUUUACGUUUAACUUUAUUGGCAAUCAAGCUGUUAUAAAUGUAAUGUUUUUGUUGUAAAGGCAACCUAAAGAAAAUUUAAAAAAAAAGGUUUCACAUUAUUUUCUUAUAGCAAAUACUUAACAAAUUCUCAAUUAUUUAAAAUUACUUUGCGGUUAUCACUAAGGAUAAAAAAGUGAUUCCGAUUUGUUCAUAUCUUUUGUAAUAUACUGUCCAAAUAAGUUGGUAUUUUGGGUAAUUUUUUUUUUUUAAUCUUAACUUUUUUAAGACUUGUAUUUUUAUUGCAUUUAAUAUUGAAUUAUCACUGUGUGAAACGCUUUUGUCAACUUUUAUUCAUUUUAAAGUUAUUAAUAAAAAACACAGAAAUUAUAUACAUAAUUAUUUCAAAUGAUUUGUAUGUUUAAAGAAAUAGUUACUAUUGAUAUUAUUACUUUAUGUAACAUCUACUUAAAGUAACACAUAUAAAUUAUUAUUAAUUUAUUUAAUUAUUGGCAUAUAUACAACAUGUAUAGUAAUUUUAUAAUAUUUGUAGUAAUUAGGAUUAGUUCAGCUAAUAAAUGUAUGAACAAAUUACCUAAAAUUAUCCCGUUGUCUGUUUCUAUGUUAACUAUUUUCUUUUAUAAAAGUUUUAUAUCUAAUUGAU